AUGGUCAAGAAAAAGGGAACCGCCCUGCUGAUUGUCUUCACCGACGUCGACAUUGAGAAUGAAGCCGAAUUCAACGCCUGGUACAAUCAGGAACAUGUCCCGGAACGCCUCAGCGCUCCCGGGUUUCUCGACGCAGCCCGUUACGAAGCCCUGCGGGGCGGUCCGCGCUAUUUGGCCGUCUACGAGUUGGAGACCGUCGACGCCCUCCAAACCGAUGAGUAUCUGCGCAUGAGCCGGAAUCCAACGGAGUGGACCAAGCGCAUGUCGCCCAACGCCAUUGGUCGCGGCACCGUACGCAACGUAUGCGCGCAGAUUUAUCCCGAGGAAAGUGAUCCGCACACCUUGGGCAGAGGCAUGGCUCCUGCUUUGCAGAUCGGUCGCAUGGACGUUCCUGUCGACAUCGAGGCCAAGUACAACGAGUACUACGACACUGUCCGCACUCCGGCCAACCUGCAGAUUCCCGGCUGCCUCCACGUUCGCCGCUACCACGCGGUGGAAGGCGGCCCCAAGUACCUUACGAUGUACGAGUUCGAGCACGAAAAGGUGCCGGAAACCCUGGCGUGGGAGAACCAGCGUCGCCAGGACACCAUGCACGAAUACAUCGGCGGCUCCUACGGCCACGCUCCCGGAUCGCCCGGCGUUUACCGGCGUGUCCUGCCGCCCCGGUCUUUCUAG